CUUUCAAAAAAAUAAAAAAUAAUUCAAUGACAGCCUUGAAUACAACCCGGUUUGAAGUCGCUAAAAAUACAGAUAACGCUAAAUUGUGGAUAGUACAGAACUUUCGUUACUGUAGCUAGCUGUCUUUGCAGGAUGAAGUGAGCACGGUAUUGUUGGAUUGAGAGGAACAUCUUCUCUGUGUAGUGUAGUCCUAAGAAAUGGAGACUCUAAUUCCCAUCAUCAAUCGGCUCCAGGAAGUCUUCCUGACAGUGGGGGCAGAGAUCAUCCAGCUGCCUCAGAUAGUGGUGGUUGGCUCGCAGAGCAGCGGCAAGAGUUCUGUGUUGGAGAGCCUGGUUGGAAGGGAUUUUCUGCCUCGGGGAUCAGGCAUAGUCACACGGCGACCCCUAGUGUUGCAGCUGGUGAAUGUGCCUCCAUUGGCAGAGAGGAGACUGCAAGAAAAUGGAAAUGGGGUAAAACAAAAUGCAAGCUACCCAGGGAUCAAGGCUGAUGAAUGGGGCACGUUCCUUCAUAGCAAGAACCAGAUUUUCACAGAUUUCUUGGAGAUUCGCAAGGAGAUUGAAGAAGAGACUGAGCGUAGCUCAGGAGGCAACAAGGGAAUCAGCCCUGAGCCCAUCUAUUUGAAGAUUUUCUCUCCUCAUGUCCUCAAUCUCACACUGGUUGAUUUGCCAGGAAUAACCAAGGUUCCGGUUGGAGAUCAGCCAGAGGACAUAGAAGCUCAAGUCCAAGAGAUGAUCCUAUCCUUCAUCUCCAACCCCAACUCCCUUAUCCUCUCAGUGUCUCCUGCCAACUCCGACUUGGCCACCUCUGAUGCCCUCAAACUGGCCCGCGAGGUCGACCCGGAUGGCCGCAGAACACUGCUGGUGGUCAGUAAGCUGGACCUGAUGGACGCAGGGACAGAUGCUCUGGAGGUCUUGCUGGGCCGGGUCAUUCCAGUGCGGCUCGGAAUUGUGGGAGUGGUCAACAGGAGCCAGCAUGACAUCAACACGCAGAAGAGCAUAGAGGACACGGCACGGGACGAGCAGGCCUUCCUCCAGCGCCACUACCCGUCUCUGGCCUCCCGCUGCGGCUCCCGCUACCUGGCUCGCACCCUGAGCCGCCUGCUCAUGCACCACAUCAGGGACUGCUUGCCGGAGCUGAAGAGGCGUGUGACGGUGUUGAGUGCCCAGUACCAGGCCCGGCUCAGCAGCUAUGGCCAGCCUGUAGAGGACCACAGCUCCACCCUGCUACAGAUCGUCACCAAGUUCGCCAGCGACUACUGCAACACCAUCGAGGGCACCGCCACGCACAUCCAGACAUCUGAACUCUGCGGGGGGGCUCGGAUCUGCUACAUAUUCCAUGAGACCUUUGGCCGCACUCUUCAGUCUAUUGACCCCCUGGGGGGCUUGACGGAGCUCGACAUCCUCACUGCAAUCCGCAAUGCUACGGGUCCGCGGCCGGCCCUCUUUGUACCUGAGAUUUCCUUUGAGCUGCUGGUGAAGAGGCAGAUCAAGCGUCUGGAGGAGCCCAGUCUGCGCUGUGUGGAGCUGGUCCACGAGGAGCUGCAGAGGAUCAUCCAGCAUUGCUCCUCCUACAGCACGCAGGAGCUCCUUCGGUUUCCCAAGCUGCACGACUCCAUUGUGGAGGUGGUGACUAGUUUACUCAGGAAGCGCUUGCCCAUUACUAAUGACAUGGUCCACAACUUGGUUCAAAUUGAGCUUGCUUACAUCAACACAAAGCACCCAGACUUCACCGAUGCUGCUCAGGUCUCAGCAUCUGUCAACAGUCAACAGGGCCUGCAGGAUGGAGAUAAAUGCUGGAUGAAUGAGAAGGUGGCUGAGGAGAAGGCACCAGUGGCAGGUUUCAGCAGCCCUGUUAAGGGCCAGGCCAUCAACCUCCUGGACACAGCGGUGCCGGUGUCCCGAAAGCUGAGUGCCCGCGAGCAAAGAGACUGUGAGGUCAUUCAACGCCUCAUCAAAUGCUACUUCCUCAUUGUCCGCAAGAGCAUUCAGGACAGUGUUCCCAAGACGGUGAUGCACUUCCUGGUGAACUUUGUGAAGGAGCGUCUGCAGAGUGAGCUGGUGGGCCAGCUGUACAAACAGAACCUGCUGCAGGGGCUGCUCAUCGAGUCCCAAGACACAGCACAACAGAGGACAGAGGUGGCCCAGAUGCUGGAGGCUCUCCAAAAAGCCAGCAACAUCAUCUCAGAGAUCCGGGAGACACACCUGUGGUAGCCCAAUGCAACUGACCGUGUGUGUGUGUGUGUGUGUGUGUGUGAGAUGGUAAUACCACUGAGCUCACACUGUCCAUUAAACAUCCAGCCGUCCUUUUUGUCUGUCCAGGAUUUGGACUAUUGUGUCUCACUGUGAAUAUAGUGAUGAGACCAACACACUCAGGCAGAGCUGGUCCAUUGUGAUGAGAUGUCUUUAAUGUGAAAGAGAACCAUGAUCAAAAACAAUUUUGGUUUUGUUGCAACAAUCGUCUGUCUAAAUGUCCGGUCUUUUAGUUGUCAAUGUGUUAUUUAUCAUGUGGAGUAUUACGUUGUUUUCCUGAGUCUUUCUUGCAUCUGAUCAUGACAUGGUUGUGCUGCUGCAUUUGUUUCCAUUGAUUAGGUAUCUAUUUGUGAAAGGGUGAUCUCAAACCAUGACUGCUUGAUAUGCAUGUAGCAGCUUCUGAACAUAUGUAGAGUAAGUAUAAUCAGUCAGUAUCAGGCUUCCCCCUGUUUUAAGCAACGUUCUGUAAAGUUGAACAGAGGGUGACAACCCAACCUGAGGUUGAACAGUGGGCAUUGUCUGCAAUGUAAUGUUGAAAUAUGAUCCUGGUCUUCGGGGAUGCUGCAGAGGUUUGGUUUGACCUGGUCUACAGUGCAACUGAGUACAGUAGUUGUACCCUAGAGCAGACGUAUGUUCUUUACGUGUGUCGCAUUUAUGUAUCGUUCCAGAUGUACGGUUGCACUGUUUGUGCAUAUUUAGUCCUAUAACAAAGUUGUACGUUCACAACAUAGAAUAGUGUUCCUUUUCUCCGUAUGAAGUUUCUAGUCAGACUCUUAAUUCGCAUGUUGGAUAACUGAAACCACAUUUAUGAAUAGCACCCACAAAGAGUUGAAUAGGUGUGUGUAUAUAUAGAUAUUGUAUGGCUAGCUUGUCAGGAGAUGCAGAAUAGUAGGUGGAGUCCAGCAAUGAUUUGAGGGCCAGGGGUAUAGCGAUUCAUUGUAGAAAUCUACUUGGCCAAAGGAAAGUUAAAAUAAUUUUCAAAAUCUCAGAAUGCAUUGAAAUAUUGUACCCCCCCCCCCCCCCCCCUUUAAAUUAACCCAUGUAUGCAGUGUGCCUCAGAGAGGGGGCUGUUGCUGGGGUGCCACCUCUUCUGAAGACUAUCCCUAGGCCUGCUUCCACCCAGAUGACAGGGAUGUUGGAGGUGUAAGAGACCAACAUUGUUUCUGAUUUGAACUUGUGCAUGCAGCUGUAAUUAUAUCCUCAUUUUGUUGAUGUAGAUCCCCAAGGAAAGUAUGCCCUGCAGCCUUUUAUUUGUGAUUUAGUACCAAUUGCGUGACGUUAGUGUAUCUUCCAUUUAGAAUUAGAUUCUAAAGUUUCUCAAAUAAUUUAUAGUGUAAGUGUGCAUCGGUUUUUGUAUGUCAUGGAAAUGUUCACAAAGGAUGAUGAGCAUUAUUCAGAAAGACUAGCCUUAAAGGAACAGGUACCAAGCACCAUCUAGCAGAAACACUGACUUCUAUGUGAUCAAGGAGAGCACCGUGUCUAGUCUGUCUUUCUGAAAGGACAGUGUGUGUGUGUGUGAAUGUCUAAGUUUUUCUAUCUGAAUGAGACUGUGUUUUCUAUUAUUUAAAUGUAUAUCUUACAUCUUUACAAACUGCCUGGAAGUGCUUGACUGCCAAUAUUUGUGAUACGUAAAUUGAUAGAAUAAUAUCUGUUCAGAUGGGAGGGGCUCAUUAAACUCUUAACAACAACA